GUGCAUUUCAGCUGUCGAGAAUUGCAGGGGCAAGGGAACGGAGCCGUCUUGGAGCAUCCUUGAUUGUUGCAUGAAAGGAGCAAGAGGUGGUGUUGAUAUGUCUCAGUUUUUAAGCGGUAGCCGCGUUUGGGGGAAUGCUGGAGAAAGGGUCAGCGACUGACAGAAAGCUGCCAGCCAUAGGUGGAGCCCUCGAUCCUGCAAAGCCGGUUGUUGUUUCUGUUGGCGGAAGAACAAGGCUCUGAAAGUUAGGCAAGCGCUUGGGGCAGAGUUCCAAAGCGGCGGGUCUCCCAAUUAAAUUCCAGCCUGGUACAAUGGCAUUUUGCGGGCCAGGUUUCUAAGGUGUACUAGGAACAGAGAGCUUGUUUGUGAGCAGCGAUGGCGUCAGAAGUGUCAGAGCCCGACACGCCGAGGACUCCUGCGUCAGGAAGCAGGCGCGCCCAGAAAGUGCAGCAGAUCUUUAACAAGUUUGACCGGAACAAAGAUGGGGCGCUCAGCAAAGAGGAGAUGGCAAACCUGGUCAUCGCUGUCAACCCGAGGGUCAAGUUCAGCGAGGAUCAAAUCAAGGCCAUCCUGGAUGAGGUGUUCCGUACGUACGGGGAGUUCAUCAUCCCCGAGCGGGGCCUCAGCCUGGACGGCCUCAAGCGCACGUACGACGAUGGAGCGGGUGACGUCGACCGCGACUUUGAAGCGCUCAAUCUGCAGAUGGGCAGCAUCGUGGGGGGCUUUGACACCAAGAAGAAGCCGCCCCAGUCCAUGAUGACCGACUUCAAGAUUGACAUUGAAGACGGAGACGGCCCAGCCCACGAGCAGACGCGCAAGCUGCUGGAAGACUUGCAGCUGCUCCUGCGGAGGCACAAGGUGUCGAGGCCGCACUACGGGGAGAGUGUCAAGGCACAGGCAGGCUUGGAUCCCAAGGAGCUCGCGCGGGGGCUCGUGGAGCUGCGGAAACGGGCGGACCGUUUCACGCCCCUCGACGAGGCGUUCAGGGCACAUAUGGCGAUGGGCCAGAUGCUGGCGCAGCACGAGAAGCACGGCGAGGCGAUCACGAGCUUCGUGAAGGCGACUAACCUGAAGCUGGACGAUGUCCUUGCGCACUUCCGCACGGGCAACUCGUACUACGCCAUCAAUGCGAUCACCGAGGCGCAGUCGUCGUACGAGCGGGCGCUGCAGGGGGAACGGAAUACUCCGGGAGAGGCGUCGAAAGAUCUUCUAGCGCAGGUGCACACGAACCUGGGCAUCGUGCUCGAGUCGCAGGGCCUCCUCUUCGCCGCGCGCGAGCACUACCAAGACGCUGCGCGCCUCAACCAGAAGCACUUCCGCGUGCUGAAGCUCCUCAGCGGCGCGCAGCUCGCGCUCGGCGAUCUCAAAGACGCCAAAGACUCGCUCGAGCACUCCCUCUACCUAAACGCGGACUUUGCCGACGCGCACGUCGAGCUGGCGUCGGUUUUGCACCAAAUGGGCGACCAUAGGGCGGCGAAGAUGGAGAUGACGGACGCCCUGAAGCUGGCCCCGGGCGACAUUGACGUGAAGUACAACUACGGGAAUUUGUUGCGGGACAUGGGCGACUUCAAGGGGGCGGAGAAGAUGUACCGGGAGGUGCUCAAAGCCCGGCCGACUGACUGGAAGGCUAUGCUGAACCUUGCCGUCGCGCUCAUCGGGCUCGACUCGACCGCCGAGGCGCAGACAGUUCUCGUGGCGGCGCUGCAUUUGGAGGAGCGCAUCGAGAUCCACGACACCAUCGAGCACCUCAAGCGGCUCUCCCGCAAGAAGAAGAGCGCCAACGCGGCGCUCGGGGACCUGGAAAUCGCGGCAGAGCCGUCCACGAGUGCAGUGAACGGGCCAGACAAGGACAUCGCGAACGGCGAACUCGGCCCUGCCCCCGGUUUCUCCAGCACGUUCAACCAGGCCAACGGGACCACUCCUUCACCGGUGGACCUCUCCCAGGCGCUCGAGAUCCGGGCGUUCCAGCGCGCCAGCCACCUCGACCGGGUGGCCCCCCGGGACAUCUUGCGGGAGUCGACGCCAGCGCUCCAACAACCCAUGACCAAGGCGCAGGCGGAGCUGGUCUUCCAGCGCAUCCUCCACUCCCUCUCUCCCGAGCGCUUCCCCCUCAUGUUCCCCCUCGCGAUGCGCGCCUUCAACUCGACGGUCCUCACGCCGCUGGAAACCAAGCGAGACUCCGUUGACCUCGGGAUCGUUCUCGCAAUCGCGAGCCUGCUCGCGGCGGAAGGGCCCGCGAGCGAGCGCAAGCAGGUGGCGUUCAAGGUGCUCGUGCACCGGUCGGGCCGGCAGGGCGACCAGGUUCCGCAAGCUGACGUGUACGAGUUCCUGCGGUCUCUGCGCACGGUGCUCCUGCCCGGUUCACCUCUCCCGGGCGACGGGAAGGAGAUGGGCGAAGUGCUUCUCGGCUUCAGGGAGUUUGAGGCACUGCUCAAUAACCCCCAGUGCGGGCUCGGGGUUUACGAACUGUUGCUCCGGCUAGAAAAGCCGGACAAGCGCCACAAUGCGUUCUGCGCGGUUGACGAGAAGCGGAUUGUUGGGAUGCGGUUCAAGGAAGUGAACUUGAACUUCAAUCUGUGCAGCCAGAGUUACUGCGAGGGGAAAGUGCCCAAGGAGUUCCAAGACCAGUCGAGCUUUACGUUUAAGGUGCUAGAGUAAGAGUCUAGGAGGUGUGGGCGUUGCGGAUUAUGUAGGAUCAGAUAUAACUUAUUCUUGAGGGUAGGGAUACGAUUCGUUAGUCGAGAAUCGGGCGAGCGCCCAGUCUUUCGCUUUGGUCACGCUCCGUCUCGCAUCCAAUUCCGCGUGGUGCAACAAGACGUAAAUAAGAUAGCCUGUAAAGAGCUACCACGUUCGUGUGAGUACAUUGUGUCAAACCG